CUUACAAACAAGUUCUUCAAAUACUCGUAAUAUUUAACGACUGCGAGUCAAGAUAUCGUGCAUUGAGUCAUACACAUCGUGCAGGUAAAGCACUAAAAUAAUUACAGCUACAAAUAAAAUCCAACCUUUCAAAGUGCACAAAAUUUUUUCACAGAGUAGGUGUGCUAUUUACUUAAAAUGAUAACCGAAUGGCAAAAAAUCUUUCUCCUUUUCAUCUGCUCCUUCCGCUACACACAGUCUGUUGAUUAUUAUGACUUGGAAAAUCUCGGGGCAAAUAUUAACCGAGAGGUGCAGGAAAGUCUCAAACCCCUUAAUAAUUUAGGCGCAACUAUUACCCAACGUGUGAAUAAGGAGAUAGAGCACGUACGUCAGUUACCCUCAAGACUUGAUACUUUAGGUGAAACCAUCUCACAACAAGUGUAUGAGGGUUUGAGACCAGUCCGUGAAAUGCAAUCCCGCAUGAGAAUAAAGUUUGGGACAGAAGGAGGAACCACAAUUGCAACCUUUCAAGAUAAUAGACAAUUUAUCAUCCGAAAUGGCGUAAUGUACACCUGCGGAGGUCAAAUAUCGCAAGAAACCGGUGCCUGUUCUGGCAGUUUGAAAAAAGCCACAUUAAACAACGAGAAAGAUUUUUGCUACGCUAAUGUUAACACCAUUAUUAACAAUUACUACUGCAUUGGCAAUGGUAAUGUAAAUACCGGUUACGUCAACGGGAAAAUCUAUUGUUCCAGUAAUGAUGGGAGUAAGACUUUGCUGAUUUCGGAACAGGAUUAUAGGAAACAAUGUGGGAAUGUUGCAAAUUCGGUGACUUACAAAUACUUCACCAGUCGUAAAUUGGGUGACCAUGAUAGUGGGGUCCAUUGCACGGGAAAUGAGCCCAAGAUUGUUUGCACAAUGACCGAAAAUCGCCAAAAUGUAGGCACUAAUGUUGUGCAAGUCAAUGGAGGCUCGUACAUCAGCAGCACAAAUUAAUUGCACUGAUUGAAAAAAAUUUAUUUCAAAAAGUUUUAAUACAAUUGUAUGUGUAUUGUAAAAAUAAUAGAGUACGUGAGAUUACAAAUGGUAGAAACACUA